AAUCUAUUCUCAGUGGCCAUCUGUAGUUCAGCGAGUAGUACACGUCGGUUUUAUUAGUUAAUAUUGCUUAUGUUGUUUUGUGUUCAUAUUUUUUAUUGUACUCGGGAAUGCUAUUUUUUUUUUUUUUUAUGAACAUAUUUUUAAUGUGAAUGUAUAAAAACGUUGCAAGACUAUGAAUUAUUUUUGUUAUAGUGACAAGAUAUAUUAAUAAAUUUACUUGUGAGUAUAGUGCUUUUGUGUCAUGGAAGGUAACGGGGUCGGAAAAGAUUGCAAUGCUCUUGGUGGUUUGUUUCAGCAAAUCAUUCUGGACUUGAAGAAUGGAACACCUAUAUGGGAAGAUUUUAUGGCGAAGGCUACUAAACUUCACACUUGUCUUCGUGCAACAAUUCAUGCAAUCGGUGCUUAUCUAGAUGCCUUUCAAAAAAUUGCUGAUGCUGCUACUAAUUCAAGAGGCGCUACUAAGGAAAUUGGAACUGCAUUGACCAGAAUGUGUCUCCGCCAUAGAGCAGUCGAGGCCAAAAUGAAAACAUUUUCAAGUGCAAUAAUAGAUUGCUUGGUAGUUCCGCUCCAAGAGAAACUAGAAGAUUGGAAAAAGACUGUUGUCAAUUUGGACAAAGAACACGCUAAAGAGUACAAAAAAGCCAGAGCCGAAUUAAAAAAACGUUCUACUGAUACACUCCGUCUACAGAAAAAAGCGCGAAAAGGUACAAAAAUGAACGAAUUACACAAAGCUUUACAGGAUGUUUCCGACAGAAAAGCUGUUUUAGAAGAAACAGAAAAACGAGCUGUCCGAGAAGCUUUAAUUGAAGAACGUAGUCGAUAUUGUAUUUUCGUAACAUUUUUAAAACCAGUAAUUGAAGAAGAAGUGUCAAUGCUGACAGAACUAUCACAUUUGCAGGAGGUCAUGGAUAAAUUAGAUUCUCAUGCAUCAGAUCCCUAUUCAUUACCACCAGCCAGCGAGCAGGUUCUCGUCGAUUACAAAGGUAGUGAUUUGUCAUGGACGCACCAAACGCCUCCUAGUAGUCCUAGCUCGUUAGGUUCACGAAAAUCAAGUAUGUGUUCUAUAAACUCAACGAAUAGUUGGUCCAGCGGCAGUACACAUUCGCCAAGUCAUCAGUAUUGGAACCGCACGUUAUUGCAGCCUGCAUCAAAUGAAUUGCGUUUCAAAGGACCCCUACCUCCUAGUAGAUUGUGUAAUGCUUCAUCUCAUGACUCUGGUUUUACAUCCCAAGAUACUAUAUAUUCAAAACCUCAGUCAUAUCCAAAAGCACCUCAUUCAUCAGAUUCAAAUAGCAGUAGUGCAGGAAGUAGUACACCAUCCACACCUUUUGCAAGCUCUGAAGCAGGUUGUGGGACUUGGCCUAAUGCUCAAGAAACAUUACAAUUUGAACGCGCUGCAUCAGCUAUAAUGAAUGAUGCAAGACCUCAUACAAUAUCUGGUGUUGCUCAUCAUCAUAGACCUGCUCUCAGUGAAUAUACAUUCCUACCAGAUUCUUCUAUUGAUAAAACACCUGUAGUCUCACCACAAAAUGAUUAUGCCCAUGUUCCUGAUUUACCUUCUAGAGAUUUACACAAAAGUUAUAAUUCAUCAAUGCCGAAGUCAACAGAUUAUAUUCCUCCAACAUAUGUAAAUAUGCAUGAGUUAGCCAGUAUGGCAGCAAAUAAAGCUCAAGAGAUAAAUGCCUAUCAAAAUGACUCAUCAUUAAAUCUAAAAAAUGUAGGAGAGAAAAAUAAAAGCACAAGUGAAAGUUCAUUGGAGUCUUCUAGUGGCUACAGUAGUCAAACAGGAAUGUACAGCGCAACUCCUGAUGAAGAAGUUGCAAGUACGCUUUUGAAAUAUCGCACUUUGGAUAUCAGAAGUAGUACUCUAGUCAAAGAACGUGUACGUCCUGCGUCAACAGUUGGUUAUUCGAGUUUGAGAAGUGGUACAUUGUGUCGUCGUUCUUCAAUGCAGAACAACAAACCUCCACCUCCAAUUCGUAGAACUCCAUCUACAAUCAAUAACUCUAUACAAAAUUUGCCACCUCCUCCACCAUUUUUACUUGAUUUAUCAACCGAGCCACGACAAAAUAGCCAAUCACAAAUAUCUUCUUCAUCUGAAAAAAUUUAUGCUGAACCAAUGUCACAUCAGCGUAAACUGUCUGGUGGUAGUGUUGCUGAAACUGUUCGUAAUCUGACUAAAUUAAAUCAUCAACCAGCUAGUCCUAUUAUGCUUCGACGUUCACCUAGUAAUAGAUCAUCAAGCGGAGAUCGAAUUAGUCGAGCAUCAGAACCUGUUACUGGUUUCAUAGCUGCUAUAGGAUCUAGAUUGAUGCAACAGCCAAAAAAUACAGGAAAUGGAUCACCAAAACUAAAUAAGAGAUGGAUUGCGCCUUCUAGACAUUCUAUAGUUGAUCCGGCUACUUGUCAUGAUUCAUUAAUGGAGCAAAUAAAGAAAGGCAUGGUUUUGAAAAGAACUAUUGUAGUCAAUGACAGAUCAGCACCAAAAACUAAUUAAUUAUGAUUAUUAACUGUUAUUAUUAUUUUUUUUAUUGUAUAAUAUCUAGUUUAAUCAUUUUAUGUAUUUUUAUUUAAAAUUUUCACAAAUAAUUAAAAAUAAUAUUUUGGCAAAUUUAGUUGCAUUUAACUGUA